GCCGCCGCCCCAGUCACCUCGCUCUGCGGCGGCCACCCGGCACCAGGAGCAGCCCCAGGCGGCGGCGCGACGGUCCCCGCCAUGUCUGCAGCCAUGAGGCAGAGGUUCGACCAGUUCCUUCACCAGAAGAACUGCAUGACUGACCUCUUGGCCAAGCUCGAGGCCAAGACCGGCGUGAACCGGAGCUACAUGGCCCUCGGUGUCAUCGGGCUGGUGGCUUUGUACCUGGUGUUCGGUUAUGGAGCCUCUCUCCUCUGCAACCUGAUAGGAUUUGGUUACCCAGCCUACGUAUCAAUUAAAGCGAUAGAGAGUCCAAACAAAGAUGAUGACACCCAGUGGCUGACCUACUGGGUAGUGUAUGGUGUGUUCAGCAUUGCCGAAUUCUUCUCUGACCUCUUCCUGUCAUGGUUCCCCUUCUACUACAUGCUGAAGUGCGGCUUCCUGUUGUGGUGCAUGGCUCCCAGCCCGGCCAACGGAGCGGACCUGCUCUACGCACGCAUCAUCCGUCCUUUCUUCCUGAAGCACGAGUCGCAGGUAGACAACGUGGUGAAUGACUUGAAGGACAAAGCCAAAGAGACUGCAGAUGCCAUCUCUAAAGAAGCCAAGAAAGCUGCUGUGAAUUUACUGGGUGAGGAAAAGAAGAGCACCUAAAUCAGUGACUGGAUGAAACCUUUCUGCCCUCUCUGUACCUUUCUUUUAGAGCUUGAUGUUGUAUUAGGAACUGUGGUAUAAGCAUUUUAAUAAUGUUGCCUUGGAAACAUUUUUGAUAUAUUAAAAAAAGGAAUGUGUAAGUUUUUUCUGCUUAUUUUUACUGUCUGUAUACACAGGGAACAUUUAAAUUUAAUGCAAUGGGCAGUGUCCAAGUUUUUGGAAAGUACAUUUUGCCUCUGGGUAGGAAAAGACAUAUGUCACCAUCCUGCAGGAAAUAUAAACUUAAAAAUUAUAUAUCCUACAGGCUUUGUACUUCAGUGGGCUCUCUGCAUGCAUUUUCUCUGUACUUUUAGGAUACUCUAUAACUGUCUACUUCAUGUAAUGUACAAUUUUGUAUUAAAUGUUUUAAAUGUAUUUGUGUACACACACGCAUAGGGAAAUGUUACUGUCUGUGCAUAAUGCUCAUGGGGAGCUCCUGCCAAAGGCUGAAGGUUCCACUGUGCUGUUGUGAUCUGAGUAAUACUUCAGAAAAUUAAUACACAUGAGUAAUGUUUCAAGUGAACAGUUAAGUGAUAAAUGAGGUUGAAGUGGAGGUUGGCCUGGUGGUUUUCCUAACAUUGUAGCAGCUGAAUACAAAAACAGCUUUGUAAAGCAGUCAGUUGGGUGAUUAAUGGGGAAAUGUACACACACACAUCACAGCUCCCAGUUCUGUAGAACUACUAAUAUUGUCUUGUAGCUUUUUAAAAAUUGGCUGAUAAGCUUUCAAUCUGUCUGUUUUUAAGAUGCUAUAGUGGAAACCAUCCCUGGUUUCACCUUCAUAGCUGAAUAAUAUGUUGGUUUAGUCUUGUUUCUUUUCCAGUCUUUUUAAAAGCAGUUAAGGAACCUCCAGAGGCUUGCCCACUUCUGAUUACAUGUACAUUCUUGUUUUUAUCAUUAGAAACGACAUGCUAAUGAUGAUACCAGGCUCUAAGAGCAAUUCUCGGAGAAGAAAGGAAGUAUGAUAUAACCCAUAAUCCAUUUGGCAGUGGUUAAGACAAAUGGCCUUCACCUUCUUUCCCUGGCCUUUAAGGUCAAACACCAGACGCUUCCCUAGUUUACAAAUCAGAAUCAUUUGUAGUCCAUUUACACGCCUUCAUCUUUAUGCUUUAUUUUGAUAAACUGCAUAAAACCUCAUAGUUUAAGUACAGAACACAAAGUUGAAAUUAAUGUCACUAGCUUGAUUAGCGAUAUAGCUUAUAGGGACCUUGACAACUUGUCUAUACUACAGAAUCUGAGCCUUGCACCAACCAUACUGCUAGGAUGCUUCUGAAUUAGACCAAACUGACCAAAACAAGAGCAUAACAAAACUAAAAUAUCCAGGCCUGUAAAAUAUUUCUUAAAGCAAAUAAAGAUGAUUAGUUCCCUUUUAGAUAACAAUUAGGUAAAAUCAUAAUGAUGUCUCAUGAAAUCAUUUCUCAUGAAAUAUCAAAUAUAUCAAAAAUAGGGGAUAAUAUCACCCUAAUAUUAUAAUAUGGAUAAUAUCACACCCAAUAUUAUAAUAAUAUUUUUUGGGGGGGAAUGUGAUGAUAAGGCAUCUUAUUAACCAUACCUUAAAAAAUAAAAAACUUUUAGAACGCAAACAGAAUUAGUUGUUAUUGGAGGAAAAUCAAGCCUUAGGUUAAAGAUUUUUAAAAGUACCUCUAAGAGUAUUUAAAUCCCUUUCCCCAUAAAUAAACUAUGCUUUUCUUGGUGGCAGAAGAAUGAAAAUUAGCAACUUCUAGCUAAUCAGAGUAUAUAAUCAGAUUGUUAGUAUACAAAAUAUGUAACUUUUAGUAUACAAAGUAUCAGGCAAGGUGGAGCAUACAAGUUACUAUUGCUCAUAACUACUUACAGGCAAGUAUCAGUUUUAAAACUACUAUACUAAGAAAAUUCUGAAUGCAAUUUUUUUUUUUAUCCCUAUAGCUUUAUCCUGCAGUGCAUUCUGUAAGGAACUUUAGUUACUGUUUUUGGCAGUCAACGUGUACAUAUUAAUGACAGGAGAUCUUAUGAGUUGAGCAAUUGUCUCAGUUUAGUUUUCCCAAAUAAGAUAUUGCCAUGGCUAGAGUCUUUGAAAAACUAAUGGAGCCUUUGUCUAGCUAUAAGACAAGCAUUUGUUUAUACAUGAACACUAGUUCGGGGAUAUGUAAAGGCAAAGAAUUCCUACGGCAAUUCUUCUCCUACUUAAGAGCUUCUGAUUGACAAUUACUGCUACUCUGGGGAGUCUUGCACCUACAGCCUGAAGAACAUGAGCAUAGCCUUUAAAUAAGUUACCACCUAUCCUGAAGAUGUGAUAUAGUAAAUGAAAAUAGAUGUAAAUAAAAUUCCGUUAUCUCAUUGAGCUGUUUUAGUUCAUUUUAUUUGAUGGGGCUUAAAAGACUUUCCCUAAAAAAAUACCAACCAAAAAAAGAGUUUCUACCAGUAAUUAGCAUUAGAUGUAGAGGAAACCGAAACUACUCUUGACCUUUGAAAUAACACAGGUUUGAACUGCACGAGUCCAUUUACAUACGGAUUUUUUUCAAUAAAUACAUACUACAGUACUACACGAUCUGCAGUGGAUUGAAUAUCCAGUUGCAAAACUGCAGCUCUGGAGAGCCGUUUGUUUGCAAAGUUAUCACUGGAUAGUUGACUGUGAUAGUUGUCAGCUGUACUGCUUUCUACUGGCAUGAUGUAUUACAGUCACAUACAACUACUAGUUGGUGUUAUUAUUGCAUGUAAGUAUAUUUUGAUGUAGUAAACACAUACGUGCCUCCAAAUCACUCUGUACUUUAAGAGACCAAGAAAAGAACUUGGGAUUUUAUUAAAAAUACCUAUUUUUGGAGGGUGUACUUUGGUCAGUUUCAUCUCCUACAUUUGCUUAUUACAUGUCUGUAUGUCUAGAAUCAUGGUGUUUAUAGUAAUAGAUACAAUUCACGUCCUUAGCCAUCAAAUAUUACAGUUCUAUAUAAUACAGCAGGAGAAAGUAAAUAUAUUUGAGAAUGACCUUAUUUAAAAGUUUUUCUGGCUGCUUACUACAAUAUUAGCUUAUAAAGUAUCUUUGUAAACAGACACCUCAGAGAAUUAAGAGCAAUAAAGAGGUUAUUUGGUCAAAUCAGUGGUUCUCAAACUUGUGUGCAUCAGGAUUUCUUGGCGGGGGUUGCAGGAGUGGGAAUUGGUAAAACAGACUGCUGGCCUUAUCCCCAACGUUUCUGAUUCAGGAAGUCUGUGGUGGGGCUGAAAAAUUUGCAUUUCCAACAAGAUCCGAGGUGAUGCUAAUGAUCCAGGAAUCACAAUUUGACACAAAACCACUGGGUUAGAUUAAUGCUCUCUUUACACUUAGUAUACAGAGGGUUUCAGGCCUGGGCUGUGCAUUACAAUCAUCUGAGCAGCUUUCAAAAAAUACCGGUAUCUGCCUCCACUACCAGAAAUUCUAACAUUAACCUACUAUACACCCAGGUGCCAGUAUUUUAAAACUCUUCAGGUGAUUCAAAUAUGCAGCCAAGGUUGAGAAUGUGAAAUAAGAUUCGUAUUUAUGGCAAGACAAGAAAAAUUUAAACAUAAAAAUUCUUCUCUGUCCUUUGGUGUCCCCUCUCCCCUCAGUGUGCAUUGUGUACCCACAUUCUGCAUUGACCAAAGCUCCCCCAUCAGCAGGAAUACCUGCUCGACCCCAUAAAUAGCAACAUUCUCCUAGCAACAACAGGACAACUCCUUGAAAGAUAACAGGCCUUCUUGAGCUUGUAAAGGUUCACAUGACCUACCACGAUGUCGCUUAGAUCUGGUUUAUGAAAACUGUCAAGUACAAACACAUCAUUUAACGUACAGCCCUGUCUCAAAAAAAACCAUAUAUAAACUGUGUCUUGACUUCUAAUGGGCAGAACAAUUCUCAGAGGUUUCUGAGAUGCUCUUCCCGGGUUUGAGGAUGCUCAAUCCUCAAAUUUGGCUUGAAUAAAAUUUUCCCAUUCUUUCUUAGAUCGACUGAUUAAAUUUUUCACCAACAAGAACUACUGGUAGAGACUACUAGUAAGGUCGAGAAUCCCAAGGUCUGGAGAGUUUGUCUUAGCUCAUUAGUUCACCUGGUGUGUUACUUUCCUAUUGUUGCUGUUACAUAUUACUACAAAUUCAGUGGCUUAAAACAACACAGAUGUAUUAGCUUACAGUUCUGAAGGUCAGACAUCCAAGAGGUUGGCAGGGCUGCAGUACCUCUGGAGACUGUAGGGGAGAAUCCAUUUCCUUGCUGCUUUCAGCUUCUACAUGCUGCCUGUAUUCCUCGGUUUGUGGCUACCUGGUACUCUGACCUCUGCUUCCCUUUUAUAAGCACCUUUGUGAUUACAUUGGGCUCACCUGGAUAAUCCAGGAUACUCGCUCCAGCUCAAGAUCCUUAAUCUCAUAUGCAAAGCCUUUUGCCAUGUAAAGUAACAUACUCACAGGUGGUUUUGUUUUUUCUGUUUUUGUUUUUUGCGGGGGUGGCCAGUGGUAGGGAGAUCGGCCUAUUCUGCCUACCCCACCUAGUCUCUCUUUGGGUACAGAAAUUUCAUUAUAGUUACCCUCAAUAUCAAAAUAACCGCAAAGAGCAUCUUAAUGUUGGGAGGAAACUAAAAAAAAAAAAAAAAAAGGGUUUAGGGAAGAACUAUUCAUAUCCAAGUAAAGACUGGAGGUUUAUCCUCUCGAGAGAGUAAGAGGAUCUUUGGAGUAGGGGACACAGGCAGAGUUAAGGGAGGGAAGUUGCAUUAAAAACAGGACUGAGCGACUAUGCUGAGACCCAUUAGCCCCACCCUGCCUUCUCCCACUAGGCGCCCAGAUCUUUAUCCUCCUAGAAGCUUCUUAGACUUCUCUCUCGGUAAGCACAUCAGCCUAAGAGAAAACACCUCUGAUCUUGGAAGUUUCCCCCAAAAUGUCUCAGCCAGAUAUCCCUUUAGUGAAACUCACAGUCUGCAAGCCCUUCUUAUGUGCUCAGAACUUCCAAUCAACUUUUUUGGUCUUUCACUCUUAAAUAAAAAAUUAAGGAAAGUCACUUAAAUAUGACAGGGAUCUAAAUAAAAACAAUUUUUAAAAAAGUGACUUGGAAGUAAAAGGAUAUAAACCAUACCCUCUAAGAAAGAACAAAUUACAUCCAUGAAAUAAGAAUAGAAUGCUAGAAAAAGGAAACAUUUAGAUGACAAAAGAGCUUACAUAAGUUGAAAAUAACAAGAAAAAUGAAAAGUUCAAUAGAAGGGUUGGAAGAUAAAGCUGAGAAAUUCUAGGAAAUAGAACAUAAAGACAAAGAAAUGGAAAUAAGAAGAGAAAAAGAUAAGAAAAUUUUAGGACUUGCCCAGCAGGUCCAAUAUUCAAAUAAGGAAUUCCAAGAUCAGCUCUCCGGCUAUAGGAUGGCUGGAUGCACAAAGCCUGAGGCUGAUGCCACCAGGACCCUGCGGGAAGAGGGGCUCUGUUCUCAUCUUUCAAUAAAGCUGUUGGUCUAAUUUUUUUUAAAAAGCAAUUUCAAGAUCAGAAAGGGGAGAAAAAUCAUCAAUGAAAUUUUCAAGAAAAUCUCCCAGAACUGAAGAACACAAGUCUCCAUAAUGAAAGGGCCCAUUAGGUACCCA